AUGACGAUUAUUUCCGGAAACAAGGCGGAAUUUGUAUCAUACGACUCAGUUCUGUGUACUGCUGCUGAUUCUAUGAACGAAGAUAUCAUUAAUUCCGAUAAAAUGCAACAUUCAUUGGAUUCCAUACAACCGCUGGAUGUUGAAAGUUUGGCAUCGGUCAGCACAUCUCACACCGCUGGUCAGUACUCAGAGACGGAAAUCGAUGUGGUGUACCGGCAGGAAAUGUGUAAAAGGUAUCAGCAUCUUGCACCGCCAUCAAAAGUGGCUACAGAAAAUCGUCUUCGGUUCUUUGAUCAUACAGUGAGGAGAUCAGCAUAUCGCCUCUGUCGACGAGUUCAGAGGUGUCCGUCGGAUUCAAUUUUUAAAAAGCCAUCUGAUCAAGAACGGAAGUUAUGGAUUGAGGUCGUGAAAGAGGAAUUGAAGACACUCGGCGUGGAUAGUCAGUUCUAA